ACAGUAGAGGAGGCAUAGGGGGAGCAGCAUCAUGCAUGGAAGAAGAAGAAUAAUCAGAGCUAGAUGGUCCUUGAAAACAAGGGCCAAGACAAGCGCAAUCUAAGGUCUUCCUGUUGGGUCUGCAUCAUGCAGUCACCCUCCCUUCCCCUCUCUCUUGGGAUGUCUGCAACUAUAAUUCUUUAUGCCACCGAUGGAGUUGUCUUCAAUCCCAUCCUUUUAAUUGUUUUUCAUCGCUACGUAAUAUUAUAAACCCUAGAGGGGAUGGAGGCCAAAUAUAAUAAGACCUUUACUUUCAAGCUUGUAUAAUCUAAGCACGCUAUACCUUUGAACGAUCCUAUUCGUGGAUAAAUAUGGAGCAAAGUGAAGAACAUAUCCACCGGCACAAUCUCUUCUUCUUCCUUUCUGCUUCUCUUACUUGAUUAUUACUUUCUAGUUAGCUGGAAUAGCAGAGAGCAUGCCGAAGCUGUUUGGGAUCGACGUGGUGUCCAAGGAGGAAGAGGCCUGGCCGGGGUCCGACUCGUCGUCGACGACGACGACGACGGAGCCCCGCUGCGGGGAGGGGAGGAAGUACGAGUGCCAGUACUGCUGCCGCGAGUUCGCCAACUCGCAGGCGCUGGGCGGCCACCAGAACGCGCACAAGAAGGAGCGGCAGAAGCUGAAGCGCGCCGCCCAGAUGCAGCACUACCAGCACCUCCACGGCAGCAGUGGCGGCGGUAUUCUGUUUCAUAGAAAUCCCAUCGUGUCGGCCUUCGCCCCGCCGCCUCACCUCUUCCCGGACAAUCCGCCGGCCUCCCCAACAUCCGGGUGGGUCUACUUCUCCCGAGAUGCAUCCGCAGCGCCACCGGCGCCGCCCUUCAACGGUUGCGUGUUUCCCUCCUCCAGUAGCUCCACCCGGUUCCCAGCGGUUACGCCCGCGUACAACUACUCCGCCGCCAGCUACGGCCACGAAGAGACCUCCUACGCCAGGUUCACCGUCUCCAGCCAGAGCAAGACGGCGAGAAGGGAGGAGGCGCUGGAGUUGGAUCUCCAACUCAGCCUGGCUCCCGCUGGAUCCUGACUCGCAGCAUGGAAAAAAUGCCUCUUUUUCUUAAACUAUGAACAAGCAAGAUCAGCGAUGACCACGACGCCUUUAAUUAGGUGCACUACAGACCCUGUAAAUUUCUUAAUAUCCGUGCUUUAUCAUCAUUCUUUUCACAUUUAA